CAUUGUUUUGGUUGUGAUGUUUUUUGCUGUUAGUGUAGCUAAUAACUGGGCUCUGAAUUUCAACAUACCCAUGCCUCUCCAUAUGAUUUUUAAAUCUGGUUCCUUGGUAACAAGUAUGUUUAUGGGAAGAUUCUUGCUCAAAAAAAAGUAUGCAUUCAUAAAAUAUUUUUCGGUUUUGAUGGUGUCUUGUGGCAUAUUUUUAGCAACUUGGGCAUCCUAUCGUAUAAAAGCUGAAACAAACAGUGAAAUUAAUACCCCAAAGAAUCAAUCUUUCAUUGGUAUUGCUUUAAUGUCAUUUGCACUAAUUCUUUCUGCUGGGUUAGGUAUAUACCAAGAAACUUUAUUUAAAAAGUAUGGAAAACAUCCAAAGGAAGCUCUUUUUUACUCUCAUGCCUUGCCUCUACCGGGGUUUUUGCUUUUAAUAGGAGACAUAUAUCCACAACUACAUUUAUUUUCCAAAUCUGGUAUAAUUGAGCUAUUUCUUUUUAACAUUCCAUUAUUGUGGCUUUAUCUAAUUGGUAAUGUUAUUACACAAUAUAUUUGUGUGAGAUCUGUGUUUACGAUAGCAGCUAAAUAUUCAUCUUUAACAGUAACAAUGAUAAUUACCUUCAGAAAAUUUGUUUCAUUAAUAUUUUCUAUUAUAUAUUUCCAAAAUCCAUUUACUAACCUUCAUUGGUUUGCUACAUUUCUUGUCUUUGCUGGUACAUUGCUUUUCACAGACUUGAAGAAUCUCAGAAGCCAAACAAAAAAGUUGGAAUAAGUUUGAAAUUUGAUAAAGCAUGUAUCAGUUGAUCUUGUUUCAUAAUAUUUAUUUUCAUCAUACAGGAAAGAAUUACUUUGAAAGAGUAUUCUGAUUGAAAAAAAGUAAUGUAAUUUAUCCUCCAUGCCAUAAUAGCCUAUAGUGUUCUUACUCUUCUGUCUUGACCAAUAUUGUAUUGUGUAAUUUUGUAGCAAUUUAUGAAUUUUUAAAAAAAUCAAUAAAAAUAUUUACA